UAAAAAAAUCAGUCGGUGUGCUCUCCGAAGAGAUAAUUCCUUACCUCAUACUGGAUUGUACCAAGGCACGGGAAGUUAUCAGCAGACUCUCUGAGGUGUGUGAAGCUGCAACAGAGCUUAUGAAUAAAGCGAAACUGUCAGGUGUGCUUGAAACGGCAAAGCUGGUUCUGAAAGUAGCUGAGUACACAACAAAUCUCUGUCAAAUAUUAGGUGCCGUACCAACAAAAGAGAUAAUAGACCAGAAAUUUGUUCCUGAAUUACUGGAGAGCAUCAGUGAGCUUCAGAAAGAUAUGACAAAGUAUGACCAAGAUGGACGACACAGUUUACCUGAUGUACAACGCCUUAAAGGAGAACUUCAGCAGAUUAUCGCUCAGAAAGUUUCUGAGCAAUUCAUCAGUUCCUGUUCUGAACAUAUGACUUCUUUAAUGACCAACACAUUUAAGAGUCAGUUGAACACUGCUGCAGGAAAGGCGUUAGACAAGGUCAUGCACAGACAUAAAACUCAGAGUUUCUUUGAUGACCAGAGAGAAAAACACAACAAGAAAUCUACGAGCCACAAGGAAGUGGAACAGCUGUCACAUGAGGACAAAACAAAGCUAAUGCAGUAUACAGAAGAAAUGUGCAAAGCCAAUCAGCCUGCUACAGCCCUCGAUGUGUAUGUGCUCACAAAAAGUAAUCUGCUGAACGGAAAAGGGAUUCAACUCACUGUCCUUGAUGAAAAUGGAAAACAGCUCACUGAGGAACGUUACCCAGGAACCACCAAAUCAGCAGGCGAUAUAAAACUGAGAUUAACUAAAUCUGCAAAAGCCACACAAACAUCACAAGCUGAUGCACAGAUGUACAGCGGCCAUUUUGACAUUGUACAGGAUGAUGGCAGGAUAAUCAGCAUUACCUCGGAUCGUGAGAUUGCUCUUUAUGAUGCUGUAGCUCAAGCAACUGGCAGCAAGACAGAAGACCCAAAGAAGGAAGCAUUAAUUCUACGUGAGAAAGUGAAAAAUGAGAUCCAGACAAACUUUGAAUCGUACACACCCCUGCUUAUUCUCCAGAGAGGAUAUGACUCCUGCCAAAAAAACCCUAGGAAAUAUGACAUAACUGGAGGAAGUAAAAAGGAGACGAAUGUUGCACUGCAGGAAUACUUACAGAGUGUUAGAUUCAUCAAAAGUGACAAACGGAUCCUUAUCAAAAUGUACCAUCUAGGAUUUGUUGGUGAAUAUAACAGUGUUCAAAGUGCUCAAAGGUCCAGUAAGAACAACACAGCAACGCUCAACACAAGCCAUAUUCCACCAAAGGACUCCAUCAGACUGGCUCAGAUGGCCAUAGAAGACCCAAACUCAGGGAGCGAGAUUAAAAAUAAAAACCCGGAGCUUUAUAAACUGAUCAGCAGCAUAAAGACUGACAACAAUGGAUUGAACCUGAUUGCCAUGGAGGUUCUGGGACAAGAUCACAGACAAGCUUUGACUACAGGCCCAAGCAGCCGCUCACAGGUGGCCAGGAAACUUCUAGCAGACACCAUGAUUAGUGGAGACGUGGAGCUUCUGCUGAAACGCUGCAUGAUUCUGCAUCACCCGCGUACCUCACAAAAGCUCAGAGAAGCUCUUGGUGAAAGCAUUCAGUCUCAGAGUCACAUUUUGUCCGAUGAAGACAUACAAGGCUACUACAAAGCAGGAUACCGAAACCUGGUGUCAGAGUACAGCCGCAAGGGAAUCCUGGAUCAGAAGCAGCGUGAGCGUCUGGAUGUGUGGGUGACUCAGGACCAGCAUGAGGACACCAACACUGCAGAGUACAGCCAGCUUCUGCAGGGAUUAAAGUAAAAAUGUCUAAUGUUCAUGAACACGUUUUCUUCAGAGCUUCAUGAUAAAUAUGACGAUGGUAAGGAAGAUGAUAAUAAGUAGUACAAAAAGUAGGAAAUUAUUGAUCUCUGCAAUUGAAAUCUCAUUCAGUGCAAAACAGAAUUAAAUGAAUAGCAAGUUAUGUUGUCUUGUUCUAAUGGUAGAUCAUAUUAGUAUUUUUUAAGCAUUUAUUUUUUAGAAAGUAGCAAUAGAAUAAAAGCAUUUAAACUCAGAAUCAGUAAAAAUGUCUAGAAAUAUUGUGUACUAUUAAAAAAUUAGUUUUACUGUAGUCACUUCAGUUUGCAUGAUGAUAAUGUUGUAUGUGUGUGUUUGGGGUUUAAAUAUGUAGAGGGUUAAAAUAUUACAGGGUUAUUUCACAAAACAUGAAUUGUAUUCCAAAUAUAAGAAUGGUGCUGGGUUGUGAUUAAAUGUUGGAAAUAUAUAACAUAACAUUUAAAAGCAAAUUUUCAGUUUCUUUUCAGUAGACUGAUAUACACAUUAUAGCUUACUUUACAUUUUACUUUAAACUGUGUGCUGAAUUUAUAAUUCCACAAUUUUUCAUAAUCAGUUAUAUGAGUUUCUGAACAUCUACAUUUUACACGUGUAUUGUAAAAUGUUUUGUUACUAAUCUGCAUGAUGCUUGGUUUCUGAAAUAUUUGCCA